UUGCUCGGGGCAGCGAGCGGAGCCCUGCAGCUUGGCCGAGUGGGAGGAACUGUAGCGGCGCCGCAGGACCGAACCACUGAGCCUGCUGCCGUCCCGCGUGUCGUGACCCGCGACCCCCGAUCCCGACUCCCUUCGGGUUGGCCCGCGCGCCCCAGGCCCAGCCCGGGCGGCGCGACGGGAGGAUGAGCGGCGGGCGGCGGAAGGAGGAGCCGCCGCAGCCGCAGCUGGCCAACGGGGCCCUCAAAGUAUCUGUCUGGAGCAAGGUGCUGCGGAGCGACGCGGCCUGGGAGGACAAGGAUGAGUUUCUGGAUGUGAUCUACUGGUCCCGCCAGGUCAUCGCCGUGGUCCUGGGCGUCGUGUGGGGAGUGCUGCCACUGCGGGGCUUCCUGGGAAUCGCGGGAUUCUGCCUGAUCAAUGCGGGCGUCCUGUACCUCUACUUCAGCAACUACCUGCAGAUCGACGAGGAAGAAUACGGCGGCACGUGGGAGCUCACGAAAGAAGGGUUUAUGACAUCGUUUGCCUUGUUCAUGGUCAUCUGGAUCAUCUUCUACACUGCCAUCCACUAUGACUGAGGCUGCACAGCUCCCACCUGCUCCCCGCCCCGUCCAGAGGACCCUCUCAGUUACAGCACAGAAGCAUAAUUGUUGGGCCACCCCAGCCACGUGGGACCUGGAAGACCGUGUUUCCUGGACCGAGAGUCAGUGUGUUGGGUGUCUCUUCUGCAAGGGUUGUGACCUGAGACUUUUUAAGGAACCAUUCACCUUCGGGAAGCACUUGUGAGUGAGGCCGUCCCCGCCCAUUCCUUCUGGACACGUCUGAGACAGCCGUUUGCCGGGUGGAGCCGCCGUUCAGCCCGCCGCACCCCGGAUCUGGAUGAAGCAUCGUCGUCUGCCUCGGUCUCCCGUCAGCUGUACAGUUUUUAAACUAUCAGUGGCGUUUCAAGUCUUCUGAAGUCAGUCGGGCAGUAUGUGCGUGGUCCGUAGCGCAGUACAACAGCAUCUAAUAACAGUUUCCAUUGUAGAAUGUUUUCAGAUACUUGAAUAAAUCAAAUCUUUAAUUAAUGAGAA